UCUCUCUUCAUUUGGAUUCGAAUGAGAGAGCAUCGCCUCUCGCACAAGAUCAGGGCAAGAACGGGUCGGCCAUUCGCCUUUCAGCUGGUGGCAACGCAACGUAUCGUCUCGUAUAGACUGCGCGUUGCGCUGAUUAGUCAACCCAACCUUGUGUCCCAACUAUGCUAUUUGCGCAUUGCAUUCAGCUUGCUGCUUUAAAAUCGCGUCACUAGAUAAUGAUAGUUUCACCAGGCGAUUUACCCUUCUUAAAUGCUACACUCUCAACGUAGGGUUUACGGUCAAGUUGUGCAGGGUGAUUACGCUUCACCGGAAGGUUUGGCUCGAUCCAAUGGGAAGACGAAGGGCGCCUUUGCUCUUGCGCGAAUGAGAUUUUAUUGGUUGGCACUGCUUUCUUCCUUAUGAAUGGGAAGACUGUGAGUGCCCCACAACGCCCCUGGGGCUGCGGUGGCUUGGCCUACCUUGCACGUUUAUGCGUAUUGCUAUAAAAAGCUGCUAUCAGCGCCCCACCUCCAGCUGUCUUGCCUCAUUGUUUUUGGCUACCUAUUUUAGUUAACUCUGGAUAGCGUCUUGACUCAAGCCAUUCGCCAUUCUGCUUCUUGGAGUCUGGUUGCGACGCCAAGAUUCCAACCAUGAGACUUCUUCAUUUCGAUCAGGUUGGAAGAUUGCUCUUGACAGACUUCAGCGGCAAGACUACCCCGCCAUAUGCCAUUCUGUCGCACCGAUGGGGAGACUCAGAGAUUCUCUUCAUUGAUAUCGCAAACGGAACCUAUAGAGAAAAAGAAGGAUACCGAAAGAUCGAGUUCUGCGCUAAGCAGGCGGCCAAGGAUCAUCUGCAAUACUUCUGGAUCGACACAUGUUGCAUUGACAAAUGGAACCUCAAUGAGCUCUCUAAAUCUAUUAAUUCCAUGUUCCUUUGGUACAAAAAUGCAGAAAAAUGCUACGUGUUCUUACCGGAUGUUUCUGUGCCUACAGCUUCAGAGGCUGUUCCGCAAUCCGCGUGGGAGUCCUUUCGCACAAGCGCAUGGUUUACCCGAGGCUGGACGCUCCAGGAGCUUAUUGCUCCGGGGUCAGUUGAGUUUUUCUCCUUGGAAGGACAACUACUGGGUGAUAAACAAUCCCUUGAGCAGUUGCUACAUGCCAUCACACGCCUUCCAAUACAGGCGCUUCAGAAGUUUGCACCAGACGAUUUUACUAUCUCUGAGCGGAUGGGAUGGGCUGAUGGGCGCACAACGACUGAAGACGAAGACAUUGUAUACUGCCUUUUCGGAAUUCUGAACGUGUCUAUGUCUGCAUCCUACGGCGAGGGACGCGACAAAGCAUGUAUACGACUUCAAGGUGAAAUGGGCAAUGGCGCGCCUUUCGUCAUUCCAUUCUCCCAGAACGAAAACUUUGUCGGUCAAGAGUUGCACCUCGCUGAUCUUGAAGCGAUGAUCUUUGAAGAUAAGCAAACCACAAGAAUAGCGAUAGUAGGACCUGGGGGAACUGGCAAGUCACAGCUCGCACUCGAAUUUGCGUAUCGAACAAGAAAAAGAAACAAGAACUGCUCCGUCUUCUGGAUUGAUGCUAGCAGCAAAGACGGAGUUCAUCAAUCAUACACAAGCAUCGCCCAGAAGCUUGAUAUCCCUGGGUGGAACGACGAAAAAGCAAACAUCAUGCAGAUAGUGAAGCUACAUCUGAGUAGGAGGGAUGCUGGCCAGUCAUUGCUUAUUUUUGACAAUGCUGAUAGUGUCAUCUUAGGGUCGACAGGAAUGUCUAUUGAGCGAAAUAUCACGUUGAUAGAUUACCUACCACGGUCUGACUUGUGUUUCAUCUUGUUCACUACGACGAGUAGAGACGCCGCUAAGAGGUUAACAUCUCAGGAGACCAUCGAAAUACGGAAAAUGGAACACGUCACAGCGCAAAUUAUGUUAGAACAAUAUUUGAACACGCCAAUGGCGAAGACUGAAAAGCUAGAGGCAAAGCGUUUGCUGAAGAACUUGUCACAUCUUCCCCUGGCUAUUGUCCAGGCAGCAGCCUUCAUCAACACCAGGAAUAUCACACUGCAUGACUAUCAAUCGCAGCUGGCCAAGCAACAGCAGAGAACACUCAAAUUUAGUAGCGCAGUACCAGAGGACACGCUACAGCAAUAUGAUAUAGAAAGCCCUGUAGCUAUGACACUUCAUCUCUCUAUAAAUCAGAUCCGCCGAGAGAGUCCACUAGCAGCCAGGUACCUUUUCCUGGCGGCCUGUGUCAACCGAAAAGACAUUUUGCUUGAUUUUCUAGAAGCUCCCUCGUCUCGCGAAAGAGAAGAUGCUAUACGAAUCAUCAAUAGCUACAAGCUGGUUACGAGGCGGCCUGCCGAAUCUGCAAUGGAUCUUCACCGGCUAGUACACGAUGCUUUGCGAGGAUGGCUGUGGAAGCAAGGAAUUUUAGAUGAAUGGACCCAGACAGCUAUCGUCCGGCUAUCAAACGUAUUCCCAGACGAUGAUUACUUCCCCGUACCCAAGAGGGUACGGAGAUAAU